AUGAUGUCUGUUGUCCCAUUGUUCCUGGUGAGCAUUUUGUUCCCUGCCAUGCAAGCCACGCAACUUACAAAAUGUAAGGUGUCCGAGGCGAUGAAAGACAUGGAUGGCUAUCAAGGUGUUUCUUUGCUUGAAUGGACUUGUAUUGUGUUUCAUAGCAGUGGUUAUGACACGCAAGCUGUAGUAAAAAAUAAUGGCAGCACAGAGUAUGGACUCUUCCAGAUCAGUGACAAAUUUUGGUGCAAGAGUAGUUUGAUUCCUGAGUCAGAGAACAUCUGCGGUAUUUCCUGCGACAAGUUCUUGGAUGAUGACCUUACUGAUGACAUAAUGUGUGCCAAGAAGAUCCUGGCUAUCAAAGGAAUUGACUACUGGUUGGCCCAUAAGCCGCUCUGCUCUGAGAAGCUGGAACAGUGGCGCUGUGAGAAGUUGUGAGUUCCCGAUGUCCUUGCUGCUCUGGCCCGUGUUCCCGGAACUCCUCUACUCUAUGCUACCUCAGUUUGCCUCUUUCUAUCACCCUGAAGCCGAUUUGUCUCUGAGGACUGUACCCUGUAGUGACUCCACUGGACUCUUGAGAAUGCUUCUCCAGGGAUACCCGACUGGAGCACUGGACUUUAGACCCUCGCUUAGUGUCCCUGAUGGCAUUUUCACUACAGCAAGAGAUUUCUCUUCUGUUCCAAAUAA